AUGAGUGAAAACGAUCUGCUCUUCCGUAUCAGUCAAAUAACAACCUACGUAAGCAAAUGGAUAAUUAAGGCCAAAGUAGUGAACAAGUCCAAAUUGUCAACCUUCAAAAAUAAUAAUAGCUUUUUCAGUAUAGAUGUAACGGACGUACAUGGGGACUCGAUUUCUUGUAAAUUUUGGGGAAGCGCCGCAGACAAAUGGUUCAACAACAUAGAACUGAAAAAAGUGUACAUAUUUUCCAAAGGAAGGGUUUCUAUUGCUAACCCUAAGUAUAACACAGUAAAGCACAAGUAUGAAUUAACAUUUAAUGAGGAUAGUGAAAUUCAUGAAGUAAAAGAUGAUGGAGAAAUAAAAAUACAGAAAAAAAUUUCGCUAGUAAAUUUAAGAGACAUAAAAAUAGCAACAAAAGAAACCCCAUUUACAGCAGAUUUGAUAGGAAUAGUUAAACACAUUGGUAGUAUAAGUAAUUUAAAGACCAAACAAGGAAAUGAUAUUACUAAACAAAAUAUAAUUAUAGUUGAUGACACGAAGCAUUCCUUUGAAAUAGCAUUCUGGGAUAGUAAUGUUAAUUUAAUUAGAGAUGAAAUAAAAGAAAACGAAAUUUAUAUCUUUACUAACAUAAGUAUACGAAAUUGGAAUGAUAUGAAAAAUGGAACGUUUGGUGUAACAAGUUCAAUCGAAAAAAUAGAAAAUUUAAAUGAAGAACUAAAAGCCAAAUGUGCUAUGAUUUCAGACUGGUAUAAUACUAAUGGAAAAUAUGAACAAUUCACUAAUAUGAGGAAUAUAUUAUCAAAUGAUGUCACGCAAAUUCCUGAUAAACACUAUGCCCUAAGUGAUGUAAAUGAUGUAUUAGCAAAAAUUUCAGGCACGUACACUUUGGUAGGAAGAAUUAAAAGAAUAUAUUGGAAAAGUAAAGAAAAUGAGCAUAGAUUUUAUUACCCUGCAUGUUCUAAAUGUAAAAAAAAACUAUUAUCAAGUGGGCAGGAUAAUGCACUAGAUAAUAAUUAUGAAACAAAUACAAAUGAUGAGGAAAAUGUUGUAUAUUCAUGUAUGAACUGUGAUGAAAACAAUGUUAAACCUUAUUAUAACUACACUUUUAAUUUCCUUUUCAUGGAUUUUUCCGGCUCCAUAACGUUAAGAGCUUUCUCUGAUGAAGGAUAUAACUUAUUGGGGAAAAAAGCAGAAGAAUUAAAAAGCUUAGAUGAAGAUACUUUAGAUUAUCUCUUCAACUAUGAUUUCUUAUAUAAAGAAUAUAAGGUAGUUGUUAGGGUUAACCAAAAAGUCUACAAUGGAAUAGAACGUGUCAACUUUACUGCCAUGAGAAUUUUCCCACAAAAACAUUCAGACAUUUCGUAUUUGUUAAACGAAAUACAAUUACUCAUUUCAAAGGAUAGCAAUACAAAUAAAUAUAAGAGAGCCCUAAAUGACGAUUCUCAUGAUGCCAAAAAGCAGAAAAUAUAA